CUAUUCUAUUUUCAUAAGGUAUUAAUAUCUGAGGACAUCUUGUAAAAGUAUAUUUUAUUAAUAGUAUCAUAGGUGUAGUGCUUAGUGAUGAAGUUAACUAGUCUUUGUCUUCAUGUUCUAUUGGGCCCUGGACUUACUAGUUUUCUCCAGGUUAACCUGGAGACCGGUUUUCUUCCUCGAGUUUAUUAACACAUGCUGUGGUUGGAAGACUGAAGCUAGGGAACAAGUGAGUAAUGUAAACAUACAUCAGAUUUCGUUCCUGAUCUUAGAAUUCAGCUAACUUGGCCUUCCGCAAAAAAGAAAAAAAAAGGAAAACUGAGAAAUUAGUCUCCAUCACCCGCCUUUAACUGUGCUUCACUCCCACAACCAUACAAAAUCCAAUCCCAAACCCUCCUCCACAUCUUCGUCCCUGCCCCUCUAUAAAACAGAUCCCAGCCCGCCCACCGCUCCCCAGAACGGCAGUGACGUCACCCUAGAGAAACGCAUGCGCUGUGCCUCAGGGCAUUUUUCCAAUCAGUGUCCCCGACGCUUGGGGCGGUCUCGGGUGCGGCGAGAACUACGAUUCCCAUAAUCCUGUGCGGUGCAGGGAAGGAAGAACGGGGCUGUGCGAAAGAGGCUCGGGAGGAUAGCGGGCUAGACUUGGCCGCUCCUCCUUCCGAAGCGGUUUUGCACCUCUUUUCGCCGGAGGCGUCGGUGGCGACGGCGGCGUCGGCGCUCACGCAGGGGCGGGUCACGGCGGCGCGAAGCGGUGCUCGGCGGGAAGGGAGGUCGUGGCUGUGGCGGUGGUGGCGGCGCGGACUGCAGCGACGGCGGCGGCCACAGGGACAGCAGGAGCAGCGGUGCUGUCAGUUAGGCCGUCGGAGAAAUGGGAGACCCAGGGUCCGAGAUAAUAGAAUCUGCCCCUCCAGCUGGGCCUGAGGCAUCUGAGUCCACAACGGAUGAAAAUGAAGAUGACAUUCAGUUUGUUAGUGAAGGACCAUUAAGACCUGUUCUCGAAUACAUUGAUCUGGUCAGCAGUGACGAUGAAGAGCCUAGCACCUCUCAAACUAAUAGAAUGCCUGAGUCUAAGGUGCCAUCCUCUGAGAAUCAUCGCCCAGAAAUGUGCUCUAGCUGCAGUGUUCCUCUUCCCAUUGGAGACAGCAGCUCCUCCUCUGGGAGUUGCACCAGCAGUCCACAAAGGAUAGUUUCUCAACCUUCUUCUGUUGAGAAUCCAUUGGAGAGCCAGAAAAAUGAUACAAAUAAUUCAGAUAUUAAGAUCUCUGAGACAGAGACACUUAAACCAUCACAAAAUUAUCAGACUCUGUCUUCAUCUCCACUUCUGGUCCCCCAAGAAUCUUUGGCCUCUUCAGAGGUCAAGGAGGAUUUACCUCCAGAGUCUUCAGCUUCGCAGCAUGGACAGGAUGCCAUCCUCUAUCUCCAAACACAAGUGGCUGAGAUGUCCCGAGUGAUACGUGAUCUGCAGUCCAGGAGCUGUUUUAGAUUUCAUCAUUCUAGGCCAAGUGAGAAUUCCUCAGUUCCUUGGGACAUCUCUACCUCCAAGGAAGAAAAUUUGUCCACAGCUGAAGAAGAAGCUGACUGCAAAUCCCCCUCAGCUGAUGACAAAGGACAGCCAACCGACCCCAGUCAGUCUAGUUUCACAGGUCUUUUGAAGAGAAUGGAACAAAGAGGUGUUAUAAAGAGAGUAACGUUACAGUCUGAAGCAGAAUCAUGUGAUGGGAAACCUGAUUAUGUGACCUCUAAGAAGCGUUUGGUUCCUCCUUUGCAUCCUCUUCUGAGAAUUGCCACCACUGAAGUUUUUAAAGACCCUGCUGAUUGCCAUCCUUCUUCCUUCAUGGGACACAGGGUAUAUCCUGUGGCCAGGGAUACCUCUCCUUUCCAGCCGAAUCCACCAGCUGAGGGCCCCAUUGUAGAAGCAUUAGAGCAUAGCAAAAGAGGAAGCACAACAUCUCCUCUAGAUUCUACCUCAAAAGAAAUGGAGGUCAUGGGUUGUAGAUUCUACCAUGCUGCUUCCAUUGCAGCCCGAGCUGCUAGCUACAUGGCCUAUAUGACUCAGUAUCAGCGUAAACUCUGGGAAGACAUGGAAGAUCUGGUCCAUGACCCAGAGUUUGAUCGUGGAAAAGCAAGAUGUAUAAUAUCUGAUGGUAUGGAUGCAGGCCUUUGGCAGCUUUGUACUACUAGGGACAUAAUGGACUCUGUAGUCAGAGUUAUGGCAAUGGCAGUAGACUACAGAAGGCAAGCCUGGCUCCGACUUACAUCUCUCACUAAGAAAACCCAGGAGAAGAUCUCACACUUGCCCUUUGAUGGUGCUUCCCUCUUUGGACAAGAUGUGAAUGCCGUUGUUGCAGAAGAAAACAGUAUAAAAGAAAAUGACUAUAAAGACCACAACAAAUACUAUAACCAACAUCGAUACUUUUAUAGUCAUGAUCAGAAAGCACAUUAUCACAAUAGAGGAUACUCCAAAGGGGAUUGGUACAAAUCCCGAAACCACCCCUAUAGAUACAGAAAAAAGGGAGAAUCUCCAGAACGCCAUGGUUACAAGAAUUAAUAGCCUGUUUAUGUUCAGCAGUGUAGCUGUCCAACAUUCUAAGUAUUUUUACUUCCUCCCGGCUCAAACAGGAUCUACAGGUAGGAAGUCACCUCAGAAACUGAAUGUAUGUCUGGACUUGCCACCGCUGACAUUUGAAUUCUAGACUUUUGGAAUGAAGUAUAUAAUAAAGAGAACUUUGCUUUAUUGGCCAAGGGAACUGUAGAGACUUUCAUCAGAGUAGGUUUGGACAAAGAUUUACCCAUUAUUUCUGGUCCAAUAAAGUCCAGAGGAGGGUACUCAGGAAUCUGAAUCCUCCUGUAAUUAAAGGAAAAUAUAAAGAUUUGUUCCUCAGGAAAAUCUUGCUGAUAAAUUGAGGACUAGCAGAUUUGGGGUCUGGAAAAAUAACCGACUACUAGAUCUCUGUUUAACACCAGAGGCAAAUUCUUCGUUUUUAGGUCAUCAGUGCUUCCUUGUUCAGGCUUCAGCUUGUCAGAUUUUCACAAAAUGACAAAUCUGUUACAGUCUCUUUAUGUCAGAAUGAUCAACUCACCAAGAGUCAGCUCAUACUACUCUCAAGCUCUAUGAGACUUACAAAUCAACAGUGAAGCUGUAUAUCAAGAACUGGAAUAGAAAUCAAAAUUUGCCAAAUCCAGUUUGCUUCCAGUGGGAUGGCUAGAUGUCACAGGUCUACUGUGGACACCAGCUGGAAAAAGACUUUUCUACCUGUAACGUUCUGUAGAAAUUUUCACAGUAACUGUCUUCAUCAAGGCUGAUGGCUACCAUACCAUCACCACUCAAAGUUACACGUGAGAGAAUUCUUUGUUGUCAUCACUUAAAAGUUUCUGACCUAUCAAGCUCUCAUAUAUAAACAAGCUGUGAGACCCAGAAAUGGUGUUCUCUCAGGAUACUCUGGGCCUUUCACCAAGAUGACCUUUUAAAACAAACCUACCUUCUAAACAGUUAACUUUUUUGAGCUUGAUAAUUCAUCACACUCUAAAUUCAAAAAUAUAUGUACAUUUUAAUGUGCCCUGAAAAUAAAAGAUGUUACUCACAUCACCCAGGCAUGCAAACCUGAACUCUUAAAAAAGAGCAAGAAUUCCAAACAUGCCUGACAAUCCGGUCCUCUUAUUGUAAUAAAGAGGGAUGGCAUCAAUCAAUGUUACUGAGAAAUUCCUAAGGUUUAGAGUGUAACUGUGGAUGUAGUAAAGAGAACAUCUCACACAGUUCUGUUUCUGGAUAUCUGUUUAAAUGAUGUCCAUUAAUGAUUUCUUGAAAGUCUGAAAUUAAGACGUCAGCGACAUGGUCUUAGUUUAUUGGUCCCUUCAUCUAGUCAGACUUACCAUGAGAGAUGACUUACCUUUUUUGCUCCUGAUGGGUUCAAUUAAUAGUUCUCCAUCAUACUGGAACUGGCAGCAGAUACCUCAGUUAUAUGUCCCACGAUCUCUUUUUAAUCUCAAGGCAGUGGCUGUAUGGUAGACCAGCCCUUAGAUCAUUGUCUUCGCAGCAUGACUUCAGAAAUGGAGAAAAUGCCAAGUUUGAGGGGUCUGAAUAUAUCACCUAGUGUUGUUAUUUGCUUGGCAGCCAAAACCAAUGUUUCUUUUUUAUUGACAGACUUAACAGUUUUGUAACUUGUUUGUCAAACAUCUUUAUUUUUAUCAUCUGCUUGAUCAAAGUAUUUUGGGUGUACUGUUAGUGGCAUAUAACACUGUUUUAGGGUUCAUGUGUUUUCUAUUUCUUGCCAUAGUUCUUGCAUAGUGGUGAUUGACAGUUUCCCUGGUGCCCCACUUUUUAAUGGUUUAUUGGAAGCUCAUUCUUCUUCCCGUUAUAACCAUAUUCAGCACCCUUUUUAUCUACUUUGCUUUACCUGUUUGUGCUAUAGAGGUUGAAGAGGCAAAUAUCCCUACUUGGAAGAAGUUACUUUGUUUUGUCAGAUAAUUUCAGGGUACUGUAUUAGUCCUAUUGGUAAAACCUAAACUACAGUCUUGAUAGAAGAGAUUAUUUUGCAGAUGAUCGGUUAAGUCAUAUCUAGAGUUAACAUUUACCUUUAUUUUUCUAUAUUUUCCACCAAGUUUUACUUCUUUUUUAUGUCCACAACAGUGCUUUGGGAACUCUCUAGUUGAACUCUUCAAAUUGAAGUCUAGAAGAGCCUAAGAAAUCAUACAAAGAUUUUUAUACUUCAUGAUAUGUGCUACACCAGUCAGCCUCAUGUGCCCGUGACACGGCACUGUAGUUUCCUCUGAAAGGACUAGCCACUGGGGAACUCUCUGGAGAGAUAUAGAGCUCGGAACUAUUCUAUAUGGCUACACAUGUGUUCCCAAUUAGCUAAGGCUACUUCAAACUGCUACUACUUUCCCAUUUCUUCCCUUUCCUUCCCUAAAUUAAAAUCUGGUCACAAACUUAUUUUUGAGGUACUCUUAUUUUCCAGAAACCAAACCAAAAUAAGUGAUGCUUGGAGAUAGAUAGGAUUCUCUGAAACUGCUUUGUCACUUCUGCUUAAUAAGCCCCUUCUUUUUAAUUUUUUAUUAUGGUUGAAAAAGACAGUUUACCAUCUUAACCAUUUUUAAGUGUGCAGUUCAGUAGUGUUAACUAUGUUUACAUUGUUGUGUAGCUACUCCUUUCUUAAAUAUUUUAUAAAACAGCAUGCUGUUCUCUUCCUCUUGUGUUAUGUUGCUCAGUAAUAAAGAUGAAUAACGUUGCUUUAUCACUCUCUAAUUGAUACGCGCAAGCCUCUCCAGAGAAUUUUUUAAAAAGUAACAGGUAUUGAACAACGAAAUUAUUGAAUUGGUGAUCAAGUUGGUAACUUCUGAAAGGAUUUGCCAUUUCAGUGGGGAUAGUAAGGACAGAAUGCUGUAGAGAAGGAACAGUUUUUAGCUGUAGAUUAUUCUCUUAACUACAGAAGAAACAAUAUCUUUAACCUGUUUGUUUUUUAUUUUAAAAUCUUUCUCUGGCAUACUUGAAUGAUGAUGGUGUUACAAAAUUAAAAAUUGGGAUUAGGACUUGGUUUAAGGAGACAACACCAAUAGUGUAUGAAAUUCAUAAUUAGUCAGAUAAUAAAUUUUCAUAUUGUGCCUGCCAUGUGCAGAACCUAUGACAGAAUUCUCCGUUAGGCCAACCUCUUAUGUUUAAAUACGUACUUCCAGGUUUUCUACAAGGUCUUGGAAUGAUUGCAAGUUUAAUGAUUUGGUAUUCUCAAAGGGGAUAUGUUUAAUGAUCCUUUUUCUUCAAAAUGUUAUUUCUUGACAUAGAAUGUAUGUGGAGACAAUAUGAUUUCUUGUAGUUACUGUAUACAGAGAAGUACUCUUUUCAUUAAUUGUUAUAUGAAGUGCCUUUUAAAAUUUCAUACACUUGUUUAAAAUUUAACAUUUUGAUGUCUUGCAUAUGUUGCUGGUAAUAUGUGAAUUUUUUUUGUGCAGUAUUUUUAAUUUGUAGUUUAUUCAUUUGUACAAUUGCACUAACUAAAUGUACUCUCCUUCUGAAUGUUAGUUUGUUUUCUUUAUAGCACUGUUGCUCUAUUUCAGAAGGUUGUCCGAGUAUGUCUCUCCUUCAUUUAAAUAACUUCACAGUAGUUAAUUUUAGUUAUCAGUGAUUGGCUCAGUUUUUGGGCAUUAAGGCAACUUUGUUUUUUAUCUGUAGAUUUCAAGCCUUUCUGAAUGAGUCAUUUGUCUCAUACCUAGCCAUGGUAACAAUUUAUAUUUGAUAAGUGGAAAUGCUUGCUUGGUAAGAAGAAAAAAGGACAUUAGAAAAAAGCGGUAAAUUUGCUGAUACUUUAUCUUUUUUUUUCCUAAGACACUGAGACAGCUUUUUUAGUGUAAUUGUAUUUAAAUUUUUAACUAUGUGACAGCUUCUUUAUCAGUGUAGUUCCAUUAUUAGCUUCAAAGUGACAUUUUGAGAGGAAUAUAAACUCUUUCAGGAUUCUUAGAUGCUAUUUAGUAUAUUACAUUAGUACUCUGCUAAUAACUUACUGAAUGAUGCCUAAGUGACCUGAUUGAUAAUGUCCUUAAGGUCCCAAUACAUCCAGAAAAACCCCUCAGGUACUAUAAACAUGGAGAUUGGAAUAGACAUAAUCCAGAAUCCCUUACAGCUAUAGAAUUGGAUAGAGCUAAAUGACAUGGAUGAACAGAGUUAAAUGCCACGUUUAGUAUUCUUGAGGCUAUAACUAAUUGACUGGGAUUCUGAUGAAGGUUAGAAAUUAUGGAUUAGAUCUUUAGAAAGAGUUUUAAAGAUUGCAAUAACUGAAAACUUUUUUUUAAUGUGAGGCAUAUUUUGCCAGUGACUUGCACUGUUUAGAUUCCCUCGUCUUUUGAAACUUACCAUUCUUUACUUAAUGUUAGCAGCUAGUCCAGUAAUCGAUUGUCAUAUCUAUGCAUCUUACGCAUGUCAUUCAGUUGGCCAGAUCCAUUCUAUAUAGUUUAUCAUUAGUAGAUAUGCAAACCAAUUCUUCAUUUUUCACUUAAGAAAAUAUACAGAUGGAAGUUAUGGUGAAAUAUCAUAAUAUACAGGAAACUGAUCACUAUUGAUGCAAAUUUUUUUAGUUACUUUUUUUCAGAUAGAACGAGUUUUGUAAGCCACUAAAAUAUUCUUUUAGGGAAUUUCCCUUCCUGGGUGAAUGAUGAAAAUAUUGUUUUAUUAGAUCUUUUUUCUCUUAUUGAUUAGUGGGAUGAUAUUUUUGUACUACAUCUUUUCAUUUGCUUGACUUUAUAGUAAUGAAAACUUUUUUAUAGUAGUAUUUGUUACCACUGAAGCAUCUUAUUACUGGAAAUUAUGUUUGCUUCCAGUUGGAUAUAUCUGGGAGUGAUCACAGUCCAACCAUGUCCUUUUGAUGUUAGCAUAUCAGUUAUUUCAUUUUUUGUAUUGAUCUUUUCUUCCUCUUUAUGUGACAUCUCUUUCUAGAAGGAUGUUUGAUCUUCCCUCAAUCUCUUUGAUGUAGAUAACAUUUUUUAUUCUACCAGUAUAUACUAGUCAGGAUUUUGAUGUGGCUUUGUAUUUGUGUAUUUAAAUACAAUGCCUUCAGCAUUAUUAGGAGAGAUUUUCUAGUUUUCUCUUAUAAUGUCCUUAAAAAAAUAAAAGCGAGUCCAGUCUCUCAAACUAUUCUCUGGCUAUUAAACUUUCAUCAGUUUUUAUACCUUCUUGUUUAAUGGUAAUAUUAUUUUCUCGUUUCUACAUAUUCACACAAAUGUUUUAUGACAUAUAAUUUGUGGUCAUUUGCAUCUUUUCUCUGUAUAAAGAUUUUAUGCCCUUCACCAUGAAUUUAUAGUACAGCUCUGACAUAUACUGUAUCUUAAAAUUAGCCAGUUUUCUCUAGGUCUUAAGGGCUUUACUGGUUUUGUUAAGGUAACUGCCUAUUUCAAAUGGUCUAUUAGAUUUUCUGAUGCCUUGUUAAGAAUUCAACAAGAGUUCUCAGGUUGUCUGUACUUAUAAUACUUUUAGGACUUUGGCGAUCUCUCAAGUUGUAUUGAGUUGUCUAAUUGUGAGUAUAUUCCUUGGUAGAGGUGAAAGUAAAUGCUUUAUAUCUGGUGAUAAUUUAAAACAUUCUCCUUUGACCUUAAAUACUUCAAGUGUUAUUAUGUUAUGAGUUCUCUUAGUAGCCCCUUUAUAAGACUGACUUUCAUGUGCUAUUUUCCCUCUACCCUCCAGGAGCUAUCAUAUGCUUUCUGUUUUUAACCAUUACCAGUAAGAGUGGUUUCAUCACAGCAUUCAAUUUUAAGGGCUACAAUUCGACCUCUUGUUAACUCCCACUUUUAUCUGUUGGCUGUGUUUCACACUACCUUGAUUUAUAAUGUAGUGUGCUAAAAUAACUAUCAUGUUUGUGGUCCCUUUAUUUAUACGCCCUUUUAAUUAGUGAUGCAACAGGAUGUGAAUGAUGCAGAAAAACCAUUUUCCGAGUCAAUAAUCAGUUUUGAAUUUUUAGUUCUUUUAAAAACAUUUACAUUAAGCUUCCUGCUGUUAGGUGGGCAGCCCAUUCUUUUCUGUCUUGGGUAGAAUAUAGUUAAUUUGUAAUUAGUUUCAUUUAGAAUCUUAGCACAGACCAAUCAUGCAUGUUGGUCUUUGUUUAAUGGCUUAUAACAGCGCCUCUUUUCUUUUACUUUUGGCAAAUAUAUUUUGACAGAUCUUGGAAGCACCUUGAUAGAUAGUCUUAGGUCUAAUUGCCUUCUUCCUGCCUGGGAAGGAAGUAGAGGAGAGAACCUGCAUAUAUAGAGCUUAUAUUUACUAGGCUCUAGGCACUCUUGAGGCAAAAAUUCACCCUAUUUUGCAGUUCAGGAAAUGAAAUUCACCGGUAAGUAACUUUCUCAAGUGGUGGAACCAAGGUUUGACUAUAGAGCCUCUUCCUUCAAAGUCUCAAUUGAACAUUGUACUGGGCCGCUUCCGUGUGUUUCUCAAGGCCCCACUCAAGUCUUACCUCUCUGAUAAGCUAAUUUUACAUAUACAAAUCUUUGUCUUCCCUGAACUUUGUGUUUAUGUCUGUAUUCUCAUCCCGUAGUACUCGAUGUCUUAACAUUAACUAAUUCCUGGUUAUUUCACUUUUUUUAUAAAAACCCUAAACUCUUAGUUCUCCCAUAGUGGUUUCAUUGUGCUGGACUAAGAUUAUUCUUAGUCAUUGGCUUCUCUUUCAUGUGUUUAUUUGCAUUCUGUUUAUUUUUAGCACUGAUUAUUUUAGUCAUUGUUCUUAUUGCUUGUUUUUUUCUUACACCUUUUUUGUUACACCCGUUUUGUUUGAAAUAUACACUUAAAAUUUUUUUUACUAGUAACUUAAGGAUAUUGGUUUAAUGGGAAGAAGGUAGAAUGAUGUAAAGCACAUGGUAUUUGAAUUCCAAACACCUUUAUCUGAGGAUUAGCAAGCCAUUUAUUCUGUUACCCUCCAUUUUCCCACUCUCAGAUGAGGUAAUGCCCAGAAGUACUUUGACAACUCAAAAGCCCAGUAUAGAUUUCCUUUCUUUAGUAGUUGUGCUGUUUCUAUACAUAUUCAUAGAUUUCUUGUAACUGUGGGAUGGUAUUAGAUAUAAAUACAGAUACAUUUUAAGAUGUAUUUAGUAGCAUGUAAUAGUUCAUUUCUUAUCAUCAGUUCAUGUUCCCCUUGUUUAGUUUUUUUAAGGCUGAAUCACUAUAUUACAAGCCCAACAGUGGACUGUCAUUGAAAGACAUAUUUAAAGUAAAAUAGUUUUUUUUCCCCUCAAGUGCAAGCUAAGAAAUGUUCAUAAUAAACAAUAAGAAAAAUAAAGAAUGUAGAAUGAAGAGCUAGGAUAUGUAGGUAUGUUUAUAAAAUCUUUGAUGGAUGGUAUUUUGUCAUUUUGUGUCAGUGUUGGAAACAAUAAUCUUUUCAUUUGUCAAACAUCUUUUUCAGUACUUGCCAUGUGCAGGCAGGUACUGAGGAAGGUCUGGGGAUACUGGGAGUUAAUAAGAGACAGUAUAUUCUCUUAAGAAGAGAAAGAAAUACCAAUACAACAUAAUUAUCCUGUUUAGAGGAAUGCCUGUGAUGAGGUUGGGACAAAAGAGAGGUCCAUCUAGAGGGGUCAAGGAAGCUUACCAAAUUCUUGAGCUGAGAUUUGGAAAAUGAUUAGAAAAGAGUUAGUUGAACUAGUGGAGAAACAGGAGCCAGGCAUUCAGGUGAAGGAAUCAAGUGUGUGCAAGGGCGUGGGGAGCAUCGUGUUUCUGGGUCAGAAUUGAACAGCCUUUAUGAGACCAGAAUUGGAGGAGAUUAAGGUGAAGAAAGGAUACAUUAUAAAAAUGUAUUAGUUCCUGUCUAUUCAAAGUGUACAGUUUAGCCUUUACUUGUAAGGUUAUAGAAAUAGUUUGUCUAGAGGUUGCUUUGUACCACAGUCCGCUAUAGACAUCUAGAGCAAUUAUUUUUCUUCCCUGAACUGAGCCAAAGGAGGGCUCUCAAUCAUUGUACCUCCAGCCCCCGGGACAGACAGUUCAAGCAUUGAACUAGAACUCAGGCACUGGUAGAGAACAACUUUGAAGAUGAACAGGAUAAUGUCACUGAAGUGGAAUGUGACAUCCCAUUAUGGGUGUAUAGGACCCCUAUUGGCAGUGUGUCCUCAGUGUAGCUAAAUGUGGGUAAUUUCCCUGUGUGUUGGCUUACAGAUAAUUUGAGGGUGGACUUGGGGAGGAAAUGAAGAUAUUUUUCAAAUAUUGCUUCAUUGGAGUUUGGAGGUAUUGUAUUGAAGAAGGACCUGUGACCUUGUGCCAUUGGUAUCUCCAGCAGCGCUAAAAACACAUUUUGUCAACUUCCUGUUUUUUGCUGAUUUGAGUUUCUUUCCUUUUUGUUGUUGCCACUGUCACCUUUUCUUUGCAUAAUUCAUCCAUUCUGUGCCAGAGGGAGAGCAGUGGCACGCAGGGUUAAAAAGUUGUAACUUCUCUUUGCUUUAUAUUCAGAGAUAUUUAAAAAUUCCUUUAACUUCCAAGGUUACAUUUAUUUAUUUUUGUCCUGUACUGAAGAAAAAUUAAAGUCAUUCUUCCUAGGAGGGGAUUUUUAUAAAUACAGAUAUCAGUGGUUUACCCGAAAGACAGUACAGGAAGAAUCUUCAUUUAACAGGCUUGGUGAUACUAGUCUUCUUAACUUGAGUAAAGUACUUUAUAGAAUGGGAUAUAUCUGUAUGUAUGUUUUAAAAUUUGUUCAUAUAAAUCAGUUCUGUGUACUUUGUAUUUGUAAACAAUAACCAGUUGGGGGUGGGAAGAAGAUUGCUUUGUACAAAAGGGUUGUUUCUUGGUUCUAAAGUUUUGCUGCUGGAGAUGGUAAAUAAAUAUUGUACUGCUUUGCUGUGUUUA